AUGAAGAAGAUCAGGACACAAAUUCGACACAAAGCAUCGUAUUCAAAAGUAGGAUGUUGGAAUAUCCUGAAAAAACAGGCCGCCGAAUUUUGUUCCAACACCGGAUUACACGGUUACAAAUACAUCAGUCAAACUCAACGUCCCAAAAUGGAGCGAAUUAUUUGGGUGAUAACGGUACUUACGUCACUGUGCUGUGCUCUCGUUUUAAUGAAAAUGGCUUGGAAUUAUUAUGCUACUCAUCCCACCCUGACAGUUAUCGAAUCAACGCAUCAUGGAAUUUGGAAUUAUCCAUUUCCUGCAAUAACAGUAUGCGAUAUUAAUCGGGUGUCUUACAACUUGACUAAGGAGUUCGUCAAAAAUUUAAGAACACCAUCUAAUCUCUCGAAAGAAUUUUUAAUUAGAGAAAUGCGAUUGAUGAACGAAUUGUUAAUACCGGGAAUAUUCGGAUAUGAUGUUCAGAAAAAUCUUACUCGCCUACAAGAUAUUAUAGAUGACAACAGUAUGUCCAUUCUUGAUGUAGCGAAAUUGAUUACACAAAACUGCAGUACCUUAUUGAGUAUAUGUAAGUGGAAUGGCAUAGUCGAUCAAUGUGACACAUACUUCAAGCAAACUUUAUCACGGGAUGGCUUAUGCUGCAGUUUUAAUUCUUACACUUUUCCAGAUACGAUACCGGAGAAAAUGAAGCGAUCUGCUGCCUGCGGAUUCGAGACUGGUAUGACUAUAAUAAUAAAUUCUGAUCCCAAUGAUUAUCAUGCUGCUCUAAUCGGAGCAUAUGGAAUAAAGGUUAUGAUACACCACUCGUUCAAUUAUCCAAAUUAUAAUGCCGAAAUUCAAUUAGUACGAUUAAAUAGUGAACAUUUUAUUAGUAUUAACCCCGCGGUAAUGUAUUCGAAACCUGAAGUGAAGAAUUUGGCCAUUUCUACACGAAAAUGCAUAUUUACUGAAGAAGCAGAUAAAAUACUAUAUGCGAAUGUCAAAGAGAGAAAUUUAACUUUCGCAAGAUAUUCAUAUCACAACUGCCUUGCAGAAUGUCGAGCUAGUAUUGCAAGAAAAAAAUGCGGUUGCAUUCCUUAUUACUUUCCACAAAAUAGUACCAGAGUAUGUAAUCUCAGGGAUAUCCAAUGCUUACAGAGACAUAAAUCGUUUUUUGAUACUUCAUGGCCAGAUAUGGAUCAAAGUAAUCAAAAACUACCAAACAAAAUAGAAAAUAUUAAAAAGGGACCUUGCGGAUGCAUACCCGAUUGCUCUCUAUAUCAAUAUCCUAUAGAAAGCUCUUUUGGAGCGCUUGAUCCUACUGUUUACUAUAGCGCUAAUGGUUUCUCAAAAUAUUCUCGUAACGGCAUCAACAUACGCAAUCAUAGUAUAAUACAUAUAUUCUUCAAUGAUUUAGUCGGCUUUCAGUAUCGACAAUCAGUUAAUUACAGUUGGCGUAAUUUGUUCGGUAAGAUAAUGCUUGUGUAAAGAAGAAGAAUAAUUACAUAAGAAUAAUAAUAUCUAUUAAUAUUUUUAGCAUCAUUCGGCGGUUUACUUGGAUUGUUUGCUGGUUUCAGCCUCAUGUCAAUCUUCGAAUUUCUAUAUUAUUUUGUAAUACGCAUGAUAAUUGAGGCAUACUUCAAUUCAAAAGAACACAGCAAUGUACAAUGACAGCAAUGUACAAUGUAUUAAUAAACUUGUACUAAUAAUACAUUUAGAAAUAAUUAAUAUUUAGAAGUAAUUGAUAAUAAUUAUAAUUGUUGUCAGUAAUUGAAAUAUCUUUUGCAUGAUUGCAAGAAAGACAUAUUUCAAUUACUACAUUGAAUCAUGCAAGAAAA